AUGGAACCGCCAUCCUCACCAUCCUCUACCAUCACUACCCCACCUAACUGUCAUGAAAUUGCUCAGAGGUCAGGCAAACUGAUUGCGAUGGCUAUGACUUGCCGCUCCGCCCUGCUGCACUAUGAUCAUGCCUCAAAAUCCAUGGUUGAAUGGUGUUGGCCUGCCGAUGAUGAGGGGAAGAAGAUUCCGCCAUCUGACUUGGAGAAGUCCUGCGAGGAAUACGAUUUUCAAUAUCCAUGCUGCCUAUGCGCUGAUGAGGGUGGAAAAGAGGCGUACGUAGAAGCAGCCGUGUACCCAUGGUGGGAUACAAUCACGAAGAAGACCCAUUGGACUGCAAGAUGUGCUUCUGAUACUUGCGGAUACAGAGUGAAGAUAAAUACUAUACACUUCCAGUUAUUCCCUUUAGCUGCAUUCCGGUACCCGCGAAGAGAGCAGCAAGUCCCUCCUGUUCAAUUCGAAUGGACCAACCAGGAGCAAACGGAGUUGUUAAACAGGCUUGCUUCGUCUAACGGCAAUGGGAUUGCUAUAAGACUUACCUCGUUUCUUGUCAUCGAGUGUUCGGGCCUUGAUGCGCUUCCUCGAUUAUGUGUCUAUGUAAUGUUCUUCCAGGAGUCCGUGUCGAAAGUGCUGCAGGAAUUCCAGCCAUAUGGAUUCAUGAUGCACAUAUUGAGGAUCUCCCUUAGUGAAAGCCCCAUAGAUAUGCGUCACCACUGUAUGGUCAGGCAAAGUGAGGAUACAUGGGGAAUCAUGCACUUUCACAUGAAGGAUGACCUGCGCCCUUUACAUACAAGCCAGAAGGACAAGAAGGAGAUGUAUACCAUCAGCAAUCUUCCAGGCUCUCAAAUAUCUCGACAUCUUCAGAACUCAAUGUAUCAAGAAUCGCAGCGGCCUCUUCACUCCUGGUACACAAGUUCAGCCAAGAAGCCAAACAGAUCCUUCAAAGUUAAGAAGAAAGUUCGCCAGACACUCAUUCCCAACGCUCAUAUGGACCUCUUCUCUGCGAGGCGCUGA